AUGUGGCGUUUCGGGGUCCCCGACACAGUAGAGACCCCCCCGUCUGCCAAAGCCCGCUGGAGGGCCCAGCUCCAGGGGGGCUCGCCCCCUCCAACGGCCACCCUGAGCCUGAACAUAACCCCCUCCGCAGACUCCCCCGUAGGGGAGUACAGGCUGUCGGCCAGGCUCAGGGGGGAGGAGAAGGCCCUGGGGGGCCUGGUGCUGCUCUUCAACCCCUGGUGCCCCGAGGACUCGGUGUUUCUGUCCGAUGAGAAGGAGAAACAAGAGUACGUGCUGAAUGAGCGGGGGGUCAUCUACAGAGGCAGCGCAGACUACAUCUCCUCCAUGUACUGGGACUACGGGCAGUUCGAGGAGGACAUGGCUAAGAUCUGCAUGAGGAUCCUGGACGUCAACAACGAGAACCUGCGCGAUCCGGCUGGAGACGCUGGCGCCCGCCGGGACCCCGUCUACGUGGGCCGGGUGAUCAGCGCCAUGAUCAACAGCCAGGACGACUACGGGGUCCUGCAGGGCCGUUGGGGGAGCGACUACUGGGGGGGGGUCCCGCCCACCCGCUGGAACGGGAGCUACGCCAUCCUCAGGCGCUGGUUCGACUCCGGCUGCCGGCCGGUCAAAUACGGCCAGUGCUGGGUGUUCGCCGGCUCUGUGGGCUCCACCAAGCGUCUGGACAUCACCAACACCUACAAGUACACCGAAGGGACCGUUCUGGAGAGGAUGGUCUUCCAAUACGCCCUUAUUGGAGUCGAGGGCGGAUGGAGGGUGAGGGGCAACGCUGAGGCCGUGGAGAUAAACGGCCCCGCGGCCAUGAACGCACCACGGAUGGAGCGGAACCGGGUCGGGGUGCCGGUGGCCAACAGCAGUGAGAGCCCAGAGGCUCCAACCCCACAGCUGCUGCUGGCGUUUGAAGAGGUCAGCAAACCUCUGAAGGGGGAGGACGUGCAGAUGAGGCUGUGGCUGAAAAACGACAGCCCCCAGCUCAGGGAGCUGUCCUUCACGCUCAGCGUCCAGGCCAUGCGCUACAACGGGACCCCGGCGGGGAAGAUCCAGGUGGAGGAGGCAGAGAGGAAGGUGGAGCCCCACAAAGAUCUGUCCAUCCCCGUCGUGGUCCCCUACUCCUCCUACCGGGACCUCAUGGUGCCCAACGGAAGCAUGAACUUCUCGGCCGUGGUCACGGAAAAAGGCGCCCCCGAUGGUGUGUUCAUGGCCGUGCACUGCGUGGCGUUGGAGAACCCGCCCAUCUCGAUCAAAGUGUCCAGUCCCUGCAGAGUGGGAACCGAGACCAGUGCCGAGGUGGUUUUCAUGAAUCCGAUCGAUGGGACUCUGACGGACUGCUGUCUCACUGUUUCUGGAAGUGGGCUUUUUAAAAAAGAGACCACGUUUAGACUUCCCGAUCUGCGGCCGAACGUGAGGGUUCGUGUCAAGUUCUUCUUUGUUCCCUACAAGAGCGGCGAGAGGAGCCUCCUGAUCGACUUUGACUGCUCCUCCUUCAGAGACAUGAAAGAGAGCUGCUCUGUCACCGUCAAACCUUAG